ACCCAAUUCGAUAAAUACUGAAACAAUUUUGUGCUUGCAGGUCAGCAGUAAUUGUUCAUAGUUGGAGCUGAAACUAUUUUAAUCUGAGAAUAAUUCAGAAAAGAAAAUGGAUAAAUUGCCGAAUAUAAUGGAAUUAGAUGACCCUGAUCCAGAAUCACCAGACCAACCUUCAACUUCUCAUGAUACAGAAGAUUCCACAACAUCUCAAAAUGCUUCGCAAGAACGAAGUUCAUCUGGCACAAGUCAAGCUUCGGAUCUUGGUCGAGAUCUGGAUUUAAUGAUGGAGAAAACUCCUAAGUUUACAGAUGCACUAGCUGGCGCUGCAUCAUUUAAUCCAAACCAAGGUUUUGACAACUCAUUUCAAAAAGGCAACAAAAAGAGAAAGCUUGAUGAUUCCUCAUCCGAGGAAGAUACUUAUUCUACAAGUACAAAUGGAAGAAAGUGUUUAGGGUGUUCAAAAAUUUUUUCAUCCCAAUUUAUUCCAGAUGACUCUGUUCCAGAAUCAAAUUUUUUUCGAACUCUAGAUUCAGUGUCGGAAGAUUCCCGAAAGCUUGGAUAUGCGAUACGUAACAUCCUGCUUCUUGAUCCGAACCGAGAUGACUCUGUUCCAGAAUCAAAUGUUUUUCGAACUCCAGAUUCAGUGUCGGAAGAUGCCCGAAAGCUUGGAUAUGCGAUACGUAACAUCCUGCAUUUUGAUCCGAACCGAGAAGAUUCCACAACAUCUCAAAAUGCUUCACAAGAACGAAGUUCACCUGGCACAAGUCAAGCUUCAGAUAAUGAUUUUCGAGGCCUGGAUUUACUGUGGAAAAAAUCUUUUGAGUUAGGAGUUGCACAAGCUGACGCUGCAUCAUUUAAUCUGAACCGAGAAGAUCCCACAACAUCUCAAAGUGCUUCACAAGAACGAAGUUCACCUUGGACCAGUCAAGCUUCGUAUCUUGUUCGAGAUCUGGGUUUAGUGAUGGAAGAAGCUAAAAAGGUUGCACUAGCUGACGCUGCGUCAUUUGAUCCAAACCAAGGCUUCAAGCAACCUCAGACAGUGGAAGAACUGAAACGACACAAAGAUGAGACAGAGAAAAGAAAGCAGCAGUUAGAGAUGAUGAUGCGUCAACAAUCACAAGAGAUAAAACAAAUAAAGAAAGAAAAUAAGGAAUUGAGACAAAAGAUAAAAGAAUCUCAGUCUUCAAGUCAAGCUACUUCAUCUGGUCUAAGAAUCAUCAACCAACAACCACCUGGUGGAAGAAUGUCAGUGGAAAGAUCACAUGAAUCACUGCCAGGGUAUAUUUCAGUUACUCUUGCUAUCACCUACUCGUUCCCUGCUGGAAGUCUGAAUGGUGUUUCAUAUGAAGCCAUGGAAUUCACUGAAUAUGUGCCUGAUGUUGGAUUUCAUAUUUUAAAACGAUUCCUCAAUCUCACAGACUUGCUCAGGAAAGCAUUCAAUGCAGGAUUGCUCUUCAAGAUUCAGAUAAUUGAACGCAACAGAGGAGAGAUUAUAUGGAAUGAUGAAAUUCCUCAUAAGACUAACAAACAUGGAUGUGCAGCUAACAAUGGAUAUCCUGAUCAAGACCAUAUUUUUAAACUCCGUGAUGCAUUGAAAGCGAAAUUAAAGGCUGAAGGAAUCAAAUUCUAAGCGCAAUGGUCAUUGUGCACAACACAAACAAUCUUAAAAGAAAACUCAUUAUUUGGAACGUUACUGUCUUUAUCGGACAUUUUAGCAGUGAAGGAUAAUAGAGGCCACUUACUGGAUUUUAAUAAGUUCAAUGAUCUGCAAUUUCAUUCAGAUUUGACUCGGAAAAUUAUCAUUUUCACAUACUCAUCAUUAUUUUUUUCAAGGUUUCUCAUUCUUUAGUUCGGGGUAUCAGCCAACAAAAUCCUCGCUAUUUUAAUUCUGGCAAGUCUAGUUUGACCAAAACACUGAGCAUUCAUCUAUACUUAUCGCGUGUCUGCUUGCCACUUGACCAGAUCUUUUCUGGUACAUCAAAUUAUCUGCUUUUGAUAUACUUUUUAGUUCUCAAUUUGAUGAAACUUUCAAGGAUGAAACAAAAUUGAUAAUUUUGUAAAUUUAGACUGUUGUUCUAAGCAAGUUUAUGGACACUUUUAAUUAGCGAGCAUUUUUGAAAAUAUUAAGUCAUUUGAAACACUUCCAGUUUCCCUACUAAAUAUGAAUAAUUGUCGGUGUUAAAAUAGAUCUGUCGAAUUGACCUAUGAUGUAUAUAUAAUUGAUAUAUCUCUGCCUUUGACUUUUUAGAUCCAUAGUGAUAAUUUCACUUCUAUAAGCGGGAGUCAUAAUAUUGACUAAAAUUAAUCACUGCAAAGCCUAUUUAGCAGUAAACCUAUCAUUUAACAUUUCCAACCUUGUGUUGGCGUUGUGCUAUUAGCUAUUUGAGUUGACACAAGUUGGAUAGAUUGUGUUAAACUGUGGUGAUCAACAAUACACAUUUUUUUUUGUAUUUGUAUAUAUCCUUUCAAAUUUCAAUUCAAGGUUUUCUUCAAAUCAAUUAUUACUUCAAUACAUAUUUUUAUGCUUUUUUGUAAAACAAUUUACCGGUAGCAACCAGCAAUUUCAAUCCAGAGUUUUCUUCAAAUCAAUUAUUACUUCAUUAUUGCACACACUAAUAUGCAUUUCUUAUCACCUUUCUAUAUCUUCGCAUCAUUCUGAUUUCAUAAUCUAUUAAAUAUAUUUUUCUUCCAUUCAUUUCUGGUGAUAUUGGCUUACUGUAGGUAAAAUUGCUAAAUCCCCUUCCCAACAAACUGAUUUCUGACAAAUUGUAAAUACAAGAGCUGCUGUGAAGCAGAUAUGUUAUGCAAUAAAAUUUCUCGUUCUGAAAAGCAGGGGUGACAGAAAAUUCACAAUAUCACCUUUGAAUAACAUAUCAGUAGUUGCGAUCAAAAUUGACAAGAAGUGACAUAUUGUUAUUUGUUAAUAUUUUCAAAAUAACUUGCAGUAGUGUAAAUUCCAUUUUAUAUCUAUCUUUCUAUUUUAAUGCAGGCUAUUUUCUCCAGUAUUAUGCAUUUUUUAAUCAUGCUUGCCUCUUCAAUCAUAUGUAGUUCUAUGCUCUGCUUAUCUUUUAUCUGUUAUAUUUCAAGUUUAACUCUUGCCACUGAUAACAUUGACUCACAUUAGAAUAUUCAACUUGUUUUUUUGUACAGUUAAUGUUUAUCAUUACCCAUUAUCAAUAAUAGUUCUCUCACAGUUCAUUCAUCUUACUAUUGGUGCUACCCCUAUGCUAUGCUAAUAUACAUUAUGGGAUUGCUUAUUUUUUUUUACGUAUACUCUAACGUGCAACUAUGUAUAUAUGCAAUGUUCUAACACACUUUUGUAAAAUAUAAUACUAAUUUACU